AUGUCAAUGCUGAGAUAUCAGGCCAGCAAGUCGACGUUUAAAUUCUCCAUCCAGCGGACCUUCGAGAAAUCGGUGGAUGAUGGUGAGAAGGUCAAUGAGUACGCCAAGGGACGACCGGUGGGUGCUAUGGCCAGGGAGGAUAGGAGAGGGGAGGCAGAAGAGUAUACGGUACUCGCUUAUCUCGGCAAUCUUGGUGUAAGUGGGGGAGGACUGAUGACUUGUCGGUUUGGUCAUGGGGUAUCUGUGAGAAGCAUGGAUGAGCUGAAGAGGGACGUGAAGGAGCUACGAGGUCUAGGUAUGAGGAUGCUCGGUGGAGGAGAUGUGAUUGGUGUGAACAUGAAACACGGUUUUUGGAAUAUCACUGCUUAA